AUGUCGCCGAACCCUGCACAGACCGAGGAAGCGAUACCUCCACCGAACGAGUCGACUGAAGAGGCUGACCUCCCCAAAACGCCCCCUCCGCCACCAAACCCCUCCCACGACCGCACUCUAACCAUCGAGACACCCGACUCAACCCUCGAGCCUAUUACAUCACCCGAGCUCAAUGCCCAACCGGACAAUAUCUUCGAUGUCCCGCCUCUCGCGGCCCUCAAGCUGCUCAGCGCCGGCGUCGAGGCACUGGUGCGCAUCACAGGCGACAUCCCUCCUACCCCGCCGCCCUCGACACCGCAUAUGCCGAACAUGAGAGGCAUGCAGGCAGAGAAAGAAAGUAUACAACGCAAUCUGUCCGAAAGGAGCCUCGCCCGGCUUAGGGAACAAGCAAUUAGAGACACUGCGCGAGCAGCAGGCUCCCCUAGCAAAGGAGCACGGCAGCCCAUCCCAGGCUCACCUCUGCGGCCCACUCCCGCCACGCGCACCUCCUCGAGCAAGUCCGUCCCCAUGCCCGGCCAGCAGACACCCGUAGCGCCCAUCGACGGGGUGCGCCUCCGGACGCCCACGCCCGCACCCACGCCGGACCUCGCGCCGCCCUCGACGCCCGAGCCGUACAUCAUCAUCGGCGACGACAGCCAGCCGCUCAACAUGCAGCACAGCGCCAUCACGCGCAAGUUCUACAGCAAGAAGCCGCCGCCCAUCGGCAUCACCGACUACCUGCUGCGCAUCCACCGCUUUUGCCCCAUGUCCACGGCCGUCUACCUUGCCACCUCGCUGUACAUCCACCGCCUCGCCGUCAACGAGCGCGCCAUCGCCGUCACGAAGCGCAACGCCCACCGCCUGCUGCUCGCCGGCUUAAGGGUGGCCAUGAAGGCGCUCGAGGACCUGAGCUACCCCCACGGCAAGGUCGCCAAGGUGGGCGGCGUGAGCGAGCUCGAGCUAGCGAGGCUAGAGAUCAGCUUUUGUUUCCUGUGCAGCUUUGAGCUGGUCGUGGGGAAGAAGGCCCUCACGGACCACUGGAUGACGAUGAGGAGCGGGCGGAGCCUGAAUACGAUUGGCCAGAUGGACGGGGCGAUGCCGUUGCCGAAUCUUACCAUAAGGAGAGGGAGGACGCCUUCGAGGGAGGAAGGAUGA